UGAAAAUGUCUCUUCGAAAGAAUAAGUUUUCACGUUGUUCCAAAAAGAGAAAAAGUGUUGCUACAAAAGAAGAACUGGCUUCAAGUUGUUUUCGGUGGAUCAACCAACGUCUUUAUACAUCCUCUUCUGAAGAAGCUCGUGAACUAUUUCAAAAGGACCCCCUUUUGUUUCAAGUCUACCACAAUGGCUAUGGAAAGCAAAUGGAAACCUGGCCACAAAAACCUUUGGAGUUUUGUCAGUCUUGGUUGAAACAAUACUGUAAAGAAAACAAAAGUUUUGUUAUAGCAGACUUUGGUUGUGGAAACCAAGCUCAACUGGAAGAUAAGCUGAACCGUCCUAACAUCAGGUUUCAUUCCUUUGACUUGGUGAAGACGGAAGAUCCUCGAGUCAUUCCGUGUAACGUUAUCAACGUACCAUUGAAUAACAAAAGUGUAGAUGUUGUCGUCUGCUGUUUAUCUUUAAUGGGAACAGACUAUGCUAAGAUUAUACAAGAAGCUCACCGAAUAUUGAAAAAAUCAGGUGUUUUGAUUAUUGCAGAAGUUACCAGUCGCUUACAAGGUAUACUGGAUAUCUUUUGUCGUCGAAUAGCCCAGAUAGGUUUUCAAGAGUGCUUAAGAAAUACUAGCAACUCGUUUUUUGUUUUUCUAGUAUUUCAAAAGUCAACAAAAGAACAUAAGCAACCAACGACUAUCACCACCAACCAUAAUGACAACACAAUACUACCACAACUAAAACCUUGCUUGUAUAAAAAAAGAUAACACUAUCUAGUAUGAGGAAUCAUAAAUGCCCUAUCUAUGUG